CGCCAUUUAUUGUAAAUAAAGCACAAACAGUCGGUCACACAAAAAUUAUUUUAUAUAACACAUGACUUCUGCAAGUGGUUAUUAAUAAAAAGAAAUAAUCAACUUAUCGUUUUGUUUCGAAAUCACCAGUGAGGCAAUGAACAAGCUGUCUCAUGAUUGUAUCAGUCGUGUAGACCAUCUUUGAAAAUUUCCAAAAGUCACAACACGUAACAUUGCCUCGCGCUGACAGAAACAAACACGUCAAGCUAACUUUUACGUCAUCGCUCCUUUGAAAGUACGUCAUCAAACACGAAGCAUGCUGGGAUUUCAGCUGUGGAGUACCAACAGAGACGACCAUUUUGGAAGAGUUCAGCAGAGGCUGAAAAUGAGUCGAAAAUCAGAGAGUGACUUACACAGAGUGGAGGACCGUGACGUCGAAGACCUGCCGGGAGAAGAUUUUCACCGGAAGUUGUUUGAAUCGUUGGAUGCUGCGUGCAAAGAAACUGGACAGAUCAUUCAUGACGUGCAUAAGGACAAGCACUUCGCGGCGGACUACGAACUGGUUAUGCCGCGCGUCCAGCAGGCGGCGCUGCGCUGCACUGCUACGAUGGAGAAAGCGGAGUCCUUGUGCCGCGCCAUGGAGCACCGCAUCGUCGCCCUGCAUGCCGAGAGCCAGGAACUAGAAGCCCGGGAGGAGCUGCUGCGGCAGGAACAAGAUGCUGUGUCGACCCGCGGCCACGAGUUGUAUUGGAGGGGCAAUUGUCGAGAGAUGGAGCGCAACCUGGGGGAAAGCUUUAUCGCCAGAGAACGUUGUUUGAGUGUGGAGGGCGCCAGAAGCUUCAGAGAUGAAGUUUCCGAGAAGCUGCUCCGAACGGCAGACUUGCUGCGGGUUGCUGAACUUCGUACCUGCAGCUUGGACAGUCAACUUCACGCCACCAUGAAACUGAUGGGACAGACCCUGGAGAAGUGGAGGAUGGCACGAGGCGAGUGGGUGGAUGCGCUGGACAACCUUACCCAGCUGCAACGGGACAAGAUCUUGGAGUGGCUGACAAGUUCAGAGCCCCGUUCAGAAGCACAGCAACAGUUGGGCGAGCAGACUGUAGACUACCUUUACCUGCUGCAACAGGAGCGCCACCUGGCCGGUUCAGGUGUUGCAGAGCGCGCUGGGCAUGUGCACUUUCAACGUCUCCCUCGACUUCGAUCGCGCCUCCAGCCUCAAGCAGCAGAAGCAGUUUGACGAGUUGCAAGAGAAGCUGCACGUGAUGCUUCCAAAAACCUGGCGUGUAUCUGAGAGCCGCCACCGCCACUACAGACCUUCUGAAAUAUCAGCAGGAGCAAGAACAGGCGAAGAAUAGCGGCGAGCUGCUGGAGAAGCUGAAUCUGUCACGUCAGGAGGAGAUGCUGAACGGAGCGUGCCAUGAGGGUGGUACAGCGCUGCACCGCUGCGGCAAGGUGUCGGACCUCGCGACCCUCGUCACGCAGACCGUCAACAGACAGCCGCCUCAUCCCUUCCACCAGACUGCCCUCAAGAAGACGAUCGAUGUUUCUAUGACUCCGAGGACAACUACACCGAGGACUCCUGGUUUUCCGAGGACAGAGUAAAGGACAAACUCCAGGGGAAGUACAGCCGGCUGGACCAAAAUCAGCGAAAAAGUCGUUCAGUGGACGGCAGCGACAACGAUACCACCGACAUUAGCGACACCGAUUUUUACGAUGACGAAGUUUAUCGUGGUCGCCACCUCUUAGUGCCUCGAGCCUCAGUACAGUCAGACGGAGGUACUCAGCAAGACGGCAAAGACCACGAGGGCUUCCUCGGCUUUAGUCAAAGGGGAGAACUGCUUGCCAAGGGCGACAUCGACUCCAACAUUGGCGCGAUGAUGACAGACAGAAACAACGAUACUCACGUGGGAGGUGCCGCUGCAGGCAGGGAGCCCUUCAUGACGCGCCUGCGCAGACGAUUUUCUUUCACCCCACGCAGUGACAGCAUGACAAACGCGUGCGCCGUUGAUGACGUCAAAGUCCGUUCUUCCGGAAGUGACCCAUCUCAGAACUUCGUUCAAACUAAUUAUUGCGACGCGAAGCGUUGAAGGCCAGUUUAGAACAGUUAAUAAAAAUAUAAAACAAACUUUUCUAUGGUGCAAAAGUUGCUAGUAAUCAGACUAAUAGCAUGAUGGAAUGGACAAAGGGGAAAAGCUUUUAAAAGGUCUCGGGGAAAUUCUGUGUUAAAGUUUAGGAUUGUUACUGCUGUUCACUUGUGGAACAUGUUCCCCGCAAACAAUUAUUGUAGGGUAUUACAUUUAUUUUCACCGGAGUUGUUUAGUUUGUUACUGCUUAAUUACCGUGAGGAAAGAAAUGAAUGGAUUUUUGUUCCAAAUAAAGUUUUGAACAGCU